GCCGGCGGAAGCGGAAGCGCGGCGGUGGCGGCGGGAGCGCGGCGGGCGAUCCAUAAAAAUGGGGAACACGAGCAGCGAGCGAGCGGGACUGGAGCGCCAUGGGCACAAAGGCUCCCGAGGGGACAGCUCAGGAGCAGCCCCCAAAGAGGGGGACAGACCAAAAAUCCUAAUGGACAGUCCUGAAGAUGCAGACUUGUUCCAUUCAGAGGAAAUGAAGGCUCCUUUGGAGAAAGAAGAAUUUCUAGCUUGGCAGCAAGAUCUAGAAGUGAAUGACAAAACCCCCACACAAGCUCGGCCAACAGUCUUCCGCUGGACUGGAGGAGGGAAAGAAGUUUAUUUAUCAGGCUCCUUCAACAACUGGAGUAAGAUUCCUCUGACAAGGAGUCACAAUAACUUUGUGGCAAUCCUGGACCUGCCAGAAGGAGAGCACCAGUACAAGUUCCUCGUGGAUGGGCAGUGGACACAUGAUCCUGCAGAGCCAGUAGUAACCAGCCAGCUGGGUACUGUCAACAAUGUCAUCCAGGUGAAGAAAACUGACUUUGAAGUGUUCGAUGCUUUGAUGGUGGACUCCCAAAAAUGUUCAGACAUGUCUGAGCUGUCCAGUUCACCCCCAGGACCGUACCACCAGGAGCCCUAUGUCUGUAAGGCAGAGGAGCGCUUUAAAUCUCCACCCAUUCUCCCCCCACACCUGCUGCAGGUCAUCCUGAACAAGGACACAGGCAUUUCUUGUGACCCCGCUCUGCUCCCCGAGCCCAACCACGUCAUGCUGAACCACCUGUAUGCUCUUUCCAUCAAGGAUGGAGUGAUGGUGCUCAGUGCUACACACCGUUACAAGAAGAAAUACGUCACCACUUUGCUGUACAAGCCAAUAUGAGCAUCACAGUCAUUUGUGACCAAUUGUUCUGGGCCAGUGCAGUCUCAGAAAAAACGCUUCACUUAACCAAAUGUACUUCUGCUCUGUGCUGUAGCAAACAAACUCUGAUUUCAUAUUUUUCCUGAGACUUCCAGGUUCUCCUGUAUUUGCCUUAUUUUGUUAGCCCCACCUUGGAAGUUCUUGGAAAUGGCAGCUUCACAGCGACCAGACAGGUAGCAAAGGUGUCAGUGCCCCUUGCAGCUCAGUUAAAAACCACCAAUUUAAUUAGGCUGAAUAAUGUGAGGGCAGCAAAGAUCAAAGAGCUUCAGCAGCGAGGCAGACUGGGAGUCUGCCAGCCCAAAGCCUAGAAAGUUCAGGAUUCUUGGGAAAUCUGAUUUGAGCAUAACACUCAGCAAAAGCAAGCUCAUUGCUGCUUCUGUUGCUCAUCAAACAUUAUUUCAGUAGCAAGUUCCCAACUUGCCUGGCUGAAUAUUGAUGGUCAUCUUGUAGCAGCCUUUUCUGGGCAAAAUCAGCAACAUAAUCACUACAAGCUCAUUAUUAUUUUACGGUAGAGUGGGGUGCACUGUUUCUACUGUGAAUAGCUCUGUAGUUUUUUCUCUUCAUGAGAACUGAAAUACAUUUUUCCCCAGUGGAAUUUCUGGUAAAGACAAUUAUUUUUAAUGGCUGGAUUUUUCUGUAAAUCGUAAAUGUGUCUUGCAGUAAUCUGCUUUUGGAAACUGGUUUCUCUUGCUGUCACUGAUGAGGACUUCCUUAAGCUGGGAGAGGUGGCUGGAAGGAAAUGGAUGGAUUCAGUUUAGGGAUGAGUUCCUCAGUAACAGCCUGAAGGUGACUGUAAGUCUCCUGUGUCCAGUGGCCAAACUCACCCCUCGGUGUCAGCAGUUGCAGAGUGCUGGAUGCAGCAGCACCACAGCCCUCUGUGCCCAGGCCUGGAGCGGGCAACUUUGUAUUCUGUUUUCUAGGUGAUUAUAGUAAUGCCAGGCUGCCUGUCCUUGGUGUUGACAGCCUGUUUUAUCCCAAAACAAAUGCAACAUUAAUGCAAACCUGCUGCCAGUGUGCCCCAGGCCUGCCCGGGAGGGGCCAGCGCAGGAGGGGCCCUUCCCCGGCCUGUUUUGGUGCCUGGGGCACCGUGACUGUGCCAAUGAGAACCAGCCCCGUCCCACUGUGGGGGAGGAAAGCACUUUGCACAAGUCUGUGAGGAGUCUGAGUGAGGACAGAGCUGCAGCAGUCAGCGUGGAGUGAGCCACAGUGGGAGGGUGCUUCGCCAUCCUGGGGUCUGUUCACCAGCCUUGUUGCAAUAUCUUCAGUAGCUGAGUAGAUCUGGGUCUAGUGCAAUGGUUUUCUCUGAAAACUCUUUCUUCAUUCUGUGCUAUGGAUAGUAUUUGGUAUUCUGAACUACAGAAUUGCUUGUUUUCAACCUCUUAGAAAUAAACAAAUAAAACAUUUUCAAGAGAA